AUAAAUGGAAGUCAAAGACUGAAUUCUGUAACAAAGUUUCAACUACUGAACAAAAUUUAAUAGCGAAAGGAUGAUGCGAUUUUCAGUAUUUCUCAGUGUUACCUUGUUUCUCAACAUUCAUGGAAUCGCGACAGCCGACAUAAAUUCCAGAGCCAUCUUGUACACGACUUUGGACGGCUACUGCCAACAGACCUUCGCCUCCAAUGGAUCUUACUUUUGCAGGGACCAGUAUACGACCGGUUACGAUUACGCAUGCUCCUCCCUGUAUUGCUAUGACGCCACAUUCCUACGUCAGUGCACAUUCAGCAUCCCACCGCCAGACGCCACUAUUUGCGGAAACGGAAAGUGGUGCGAUGCCUCACAAUGCACGAGGAACUCCAACGCCAAAAAUACCUCAGAUACCUGUCCCCUAGGCGACUCCACAAAGCCGGAUGUGAUUAUGGGAAUGGGUUGCAAGGAGAUAGUUGCUAAGCGACCGAGUCUGUGUCUUGACAAGCGCGUAGGCCUGUGGUGCUGUGAAAGCUGUGCAGCCGUUACCAAGGCGACGCCAGGCACAUUUGCCGGUCCACAAUUAAGUGCCCAAAAGGACUGUAAGAGCGUACACGGAUCCAAUUCUUACUUCUGCCAGACUGAGGCCCAUUACAACGGAGAUUUCUCAAGCGUCUGUGGCGCCAUGUUCUGCCACAACCCUGCCAGUGGCGGAUGUGAUUCGGUCCCCGCAGCCGACGGUGUGGCGUGUGGCGACGGAAAGUGGUGUGUUUCCGGGCAAUGCGUGACAUCUAGCCGGGCCUCCGCAAACCCAAAAGCAGACUGUCUGUUCGGGAACCAGUACGAGAUAUUCUGCAGUGGGAAAAUCUUGUAUCCGAAUAUUGCACAGUACUGCGCUCAGUAUGAGGCUGGAUGCUGCGACGCCUGUCUGCCGCACAAGAACGCCUCCAACACAGGUUGCGAGUACGGGGACCAUUCGCCGGUGGUGUGUCAACAGCACGUGACAGACGGUACCAUACACGGCUAUUGUGGACAAAACGAGGCGGACUGUUGUCAAACCUGCAAACAGUACAAGAAGGGCGGCAGUGCAGAUUGCCCUUACGGUGACGUUGACGCGGCGCAAUGUGCUACAUUCAUGAACGACACUAUCGGACCGGGCAACUGCUACAGUCAGGACAAGCGGGACCGUUGCUGUGACACAUGCAAACAGUACUACAAUGCGUCAUAUUCAGGUUGUGAGUACGGCGAUCACUGGAAGGAUUACUGUGCGACCAGCGUGGUUCCCCCGAAUGUGGCCUCCCAGUGCAGCAAAUAUUCCACACAGUGUUGCCAGACUUGCGCUGAUUACAGGGCUCAAGGUUUCCCAGGUUGUACGUACGGAGAUAGGGACCCUAAUGUGUGUGGGGGCAUCCGCAACGACACGACAGGGAUGAACAACUGUUACAACACGGCCGUCCGUUACCAGUGCUGCCUCACAUGUCAUAACCUGAAAAACGACGCCACUCCUGGGUGUCUGUACGGGGAUAAGAACCCCAACAAGUGUGAGCAGAUGUUCAACUCCUCCCGCGGGCUGGGCUCCUGUUACAGCCUGCAGGCCCAGAUUGACUGCUGUCGCUCAUGUGAACAGGCUAAGGACGCCACUAAUAUAGGUUGCGAGUAUGGUGACCGGGAGGCAGACUAUUGCCAGACGAACAUCAUAUCCAAUGAGACGGCCUUCCUCUGCUUCCAGUACGAGACUCAAUGUUGUGAGAGUUGUGCCCCUUAUAAAGUAUCGGACAUUGCAGACUGCAAGUAUGGUGACAAGAAUCCAACCAACUGUAGGUUCCAGAUUCCGGAUGAGCCGUCGGCACAGCGCCUCUGCCCCACCCUGGGACUGGACUGUUGCGAGACGUGCAGUAGACUGGGUCACCCUGGUCCGGCCGGUGCGAUCAGUUUAGCUGUCCUUGGCUAAAUAGUCUCCACCUCCACACGCGCGCGCACGCUGUGACGUCACACACGACAUCUUACACUAUAACAUGACCCUAUUCCCAGAUCGCUAAUAAAAUUACCAACCUUAA